AUGAAGACCUACGGCGGCGAGGUGAUGGAGUCGAGCAGCUGUCCCGGCUCAGAGGCUGGCGGCCAGCAGCUGGGACGCUGCAAGCCGCCUGCCAGCCUGCGGGUGAGUGUGCAGGACAGCAGCAGCUUUGUGGUGGACAAAGCCCUCCUCACCCAGAACUGCGAGUACUUCAGGGCGCUGUUCCAGUCGGGAAUGCGGGAAUGCCAGCAGGAGGAGGUGUGUUUGAGGUGCGUGGGAGCUUUGGGUUUCUUCGUCCUGCUGCAGGUGCUGAAUGGCGAGCGUCCGGUCCUGAGCGGCGACCAGAUCGUGGAGGCGAUCGAGUGUGCGGCUUUCCUGCAGGUCCCGGCGCUCAUCAAGCACCUGAUCAACAUUAUCGACUCUGAAAACUGCCUGCUGAUGUACCACACGGCCGCCACGUACGGCGCGUGGGAGCUGUCCCGGCACUCGGCUCUGUUCAUCAGGGAUAUGUACCCCGACCUGCAGGAGGAGGUUCGGGCUUUGCCCCGCCAGCUGCAGGGCCACAUCGAGUCUCUUCCUCCGAGUUCCUACAUGGUCGUCUGCAGCCACUCGCCGUCCUCUGAGCUGCUGCAGGACUUCCAGAGGAGCGUCUGCUACCUGGACGAGCAGACCGGAGACUGGAAGGUGCUGACCGAGCUGCCCAAGAGCGCCAGCACCACCAUGGCGGGCGUGGCCGUCCUCGACAACAAGCUGUACAUCAUCGGAGGCGUGCACGAUGUAAGCAAAAAGGUGGUGGACGCCGGCUUCUGCUACGACCCUGCGACGAACGAGUGGUGCACGAUCCGCAGUCCCCAGCAGCUGCGCUACAACUUCACGCUCAUCGGCCACGAGGGCUGCCUGUACGCCGUCGGAGGCGAAUACGACAGGAAGGUCAUAUCGUCGGUGGAGAGGUAUGCGGCGGCUGACGGCAGCUGGAGUUUUGCCUCUCACCUGCCCUGCCCCGCCGCCUCCGUGGCGUCGGCCAAAGCCAUGAGCAGGAUCUUCAUCUGCCUCUGGGGGGCGAAGGGCGCCACCGAGAUACACGAGUACGUGCCCGAAAAGGACCAGUGGCUUCUGGUCACCACGCUCGUCCACCAGGAGAGCUACGGCCUCUGUAUGGUGGCUCACAGGGACAAUCUGUACGUGAUGCGUAACGGGCGCUGUAACGACUUCCUGCUGUGCGUGAUGGACCGCUACAACCUGAGCUCGGGCCAGUGGACGGCCAUGACGGGCCAGUACGGCAACAGCAAAGGCUCGCUGUUCACGGCGGUGGUGAGAGGAGACUCGGUGUUCACGCUGAACCGGACGGUCACCACCGAGUUCACCAUCCUGGAUCACAAGUGGAAAACCAGGAGGGAGAUGAAGGGCUCUGGGAAGGUCGGCUCCAUGUACACGUUCCUGCUGAGGCUGCCCGAGGUCACGCUCGGCCUCGUGGGAAAGCCGGCGGCUCGGACUGCGGGGCAAAAGUUCGGGGAUGUUGACAGUUGGAGAGUCUCCACCCGGUGCUUUGAAAACAUGUAA